AUUUCUAUCGCCGCUUUUCGUUUUUAAACUUUAAAAAUGCGAUCUAAAAAAACAUUUCUAUCGCCGUUUUUCUUUUUUAAACUUUUAAAAUGCAAUCUAAAAAAACAUUUCUAUCGCCGCUUUUCGUUUUUAAACUUUAAAAAUGUGAUCUUAACAUUCCGAACGACAUUCCGAACGAACUUGGAAAAAGAAUCCUUUAAGGAACCAAAAAACUGAAUAAGAAAGGCUGCGGUUUUUUGCUCUUACCCUGAUGGAAUAUCAACAAGCAUGGAUUGUCUACAUCUAGUGAACCGUUGCUGCUGUCCGUCAUUUUGAAACCUGAACCUAAAUGUUCAAUAAUAACAUGGAGGGAAUGAAGUCAGUCGAGUAGAAGAAGAAAACUUUAAUUGAUUUUCUUUUGGUAGAAACCAUUUUUGUGAAAAUCAGCUAUUGGGUUUCUACAUGUUAUGUAACGUCUAAUAAGAAAUAGUUAUAAACUUACACUUCUGGACUCGAUGGUGCGCUAAGCUCACUUGCGAAACUGUCAUCCAUUUCAUAAAAUUGAUUUUUGUUAAAUUAUCUAUCACAUUUGUAACAUACACGCGAAUACAUUUAUAUAAAAAGAAAUUUGCACGCGAUAGUACAACUUAGCAAAAUCUUUAAAAAAUUGAUACUUUUUCUCCUUUUCGAAUGUUUAAAAAACCGCGCUUCUUUUUUCGAAUAUCAAGUGUGCACGAUUUAAAAAAGCGUUCACAACGCUGCAUAUUUUACACGAAACGGACGCUGAUAAUUUUGUUCCUGUUAUUCAAUCAUCAUGUCUCAAUUUGUCAGCGAAAGGUUACAAACUAAACAGCUUUGCAAUUCAAAUGUUGAUCAAGUAAUUUCAGAAAUCCGAACAGUUGUAUUGUUUCCUGAGGAGGGAACCUAUACGGUUCUCAAUGACAGAAUGACAAAACGGUUUAUGAGGUACAACAUAGGAGAUGUUAUUUCCCUCACCCAAGAUAAUAGGACAUUUGCAACAAAAAUCAUUUUCAGAGGGUCAGAAAAAGAGUGCAAUAAAAAAUGCAUAGAUUUGGAAAAUGAUUUGAGAAAGAAAGGAGCAGAAUCAAGCUACCAUGGUUCUGAAGAUGAUUCAGACGACGAAUCUAUUGUAAACGAACCUCCAACAAAAGUAUCUAGGCUAACUGAAGAAAUAAAUAAAGACAAGUUACGGCUUAAACAGACAUUGCCAGGGGCAAAUGUGAGUGCGCUAAUUAAUCAAAGGGAUCCGUUUCAAGAAACCACUGAUAGAAGACAUCAACCUAUAUACACAUCAACGCCACCUGCCUCAGAAAAAAGGUCAUCACGACCAAGAAUUGAAGAGAAAUAAGAUACUGAUCUCUUAAAAUUAAUAUUGGAGGAAUGUAGGAAAACAAAUGUAUUGCUACAAGAGCUUGUCAAUAAGGGUGAUAAUUCGACAGUGGGGCAGGUUUCAAAUGACCCAGCAGAUAAAUUGAACCGUGGUGACUAUGUACUUGAUGAUGGCACAAAUCUGCUGGAUGUUCCUCGGGUGCCACAUAAGUAUCUUAAAUACGCUCGAAAUUUGGCCAAGAAAUUGUGGACUGAUGAGGAAUUGUUAAAUGGCAUCAUCGAGCCACAAAAACAGUCCAAAACUGGAAAAAUCACUUUGGAUGUUCGCAAAGUUGGUUUGUUGAAAGAACUAAUAAAAGUCAUGUACCCAUCCAAAGACUUUGAAAAGAUGUGGUGCAUGUGCCGAGCAUCAGUAAAUCAGAUGGGACAGGAUAAGAAAAAGAAAAAAACUCAACAUUCCAACGAAUGAUUUUUUUCCUUUCUUUGUAUAUAAUAUAUUCAUAAAAAAUAUAGUUGUUGAAUCUCA